CCGUCUCGUCCCUUCGAUCUGCCUGCUGGGGAAAGGGGUUCCGUUGAUUCGUUAGGGUUUUUUUCCUCUCGGAAGUUUCCUCGUUCCGUCCUUCUCCGGUAACUCUCUGGGUACGGCGUUCUGCUUCUAUGGCUGAGGGCUAUUGGAGGUACCCGGACGGCCGGCAGGCUGCUAUGCCUGCCGCUCAGAUUGUCGGGAAACGGCCUCGCUCGGAAUAUGAUGCUGGAAGUCUUGGUACGUACAUGCCACAUGAAGAAGACCGUUCAGGUCACAGGCUGAUCAGAGAUACUCAAUCUAUUGGAGCGUCUUAUGAUCAGUAUCUUCGUAACGGGCAAAUAUCUACUUACAGUGCUGCUGAUCCUGGUAAUAUUGCUGGAGGUGGUUUGGGUAGAGCAGUAACUGCUGGGUUUGGUGCCCUUCCUGUUCCAGGUGGCUUAGAUCCUGCAAUGGGUGGGCAGGGCCAGAACAUUGGUUAUGGAGGUAGUAGACCUGAACAGCCGCCCCUCCCACCCGAUGCCUCCAGCACUCUCUUUAUUGAAGGCCUUCCAUCUAAUUGUACAAGGAGGGAAGUUGCUCAUAUAUUUCGCCCUUUUGUAGGCUAUAAAGAAGUGAGACUGGUGAAUAAGGAGUCCAGAAUUCCUGGGGGUGACCCACUUGUCCUCUGCUUUGUUGAUUUUGCAAGUCCUAACCAUGCCAUGGUUGCUUUGGAUGCUUUACAAGGUUAUGUUUUCGAUGAAAACGAUCGCGACUCGGCCAUUUUAAGGCUACAAUUUGCCCGAUUUCCUGGUCCCAGGUCCGGUCGUGGCAGACGUUGAAUUACGCUGUUUUGUCGGAGGUGUGCGACGCGCUUCUUCGAUGUAUCAUUACUAUCAAAAUUGGAAAGAGGCCGGGAUCAAAUCAUAGUGUAUGUUAAUUAUGCGAAGUUUAUAUGCGAGGCAAGGAAAAUGACUGCGUAGAUUUCUGCAGGUUUUCGAUAGUGAGGAUUAGAGGCGCUUUUUAGCUCUCUCGUACUUGUGUUUGAGUUUACGAGUUCCUUAGAUGGUACAAGUUCCGGUGUAACCAAACAUCCUCGGUGGUUUCCAUGAUGUGGCUGGCUGGUGCAUUAUGAACGUGGAUUGGAGUUGCUGUUGUUACCAUUAUAUAUUUAGCUCGAGUUCAGUAAUUGGUAUUGUCUUUUAUGGUGUCGUACUGGUUUAAGAAUUAGUGUGUGAGAGCCAAGGUUAAUUGAAAUAGCGAACUUUUUAUGUUGUUUUCUAA